UUAAGAGCUUUCCGCAUCCAGGUGGAUCGUUGGUAUUUGAGCCGGCAGCCCACCAUGUUUUCGGAGCAGGCGGCCCCCACGGCACAGGGCUUGCUGGCCCCCCCGUCAGCUGAAGCCUCCACCUUCGCCCGGGUGCCCGUUUCCACGUAUGCAAACUGCUCGCAGCCCUUCAGGCUGGGCGAGCGCAGCUUCAAUCGUCAGUACGCUCACAUCUAUGCCACUCGCCUCAUCGAGAUGAGGCGCAUCCUUGAGGAGCGGGCUCGCCAGAAGUGGGGGAGCGGCGUAGCGCUGAAGAAGCUCUGUGAGCUGCAGACGGGGGAGAAGUGCUGCGUGGUGGGGCUCUUCAAAGCGAUGCAGCUGCAGCCCUCCAUCCUGCGGGAGAUCAGCGAGGAGCACAACCUUCUGCCUCAGCCCCCUCUGCCCAAAUAUAUCCAUCCCUCGGAUGAGCUGAUCCUGGAGGACGAGCUGCAACGGAUCAAGCUGGAUGGAGCCAUUGAGGUGCAGAGGCUGGUGACAGGGACCAUCCUUGCCGUGUACGGCUCUGAGCAGGAGGACGGCAAGUUCCUGGUGGAUGAGUACUGCUUUGCUGACCUGCCCCAGCCACUGCCCUGGAGAGGCCCCAGCUCGGACAGGUUUGUGCUACUGGUGUCAGGGCUGGGGCUGGGCGGCGGGAGCAGCGUGUCCCUGCUCAGCAUGCAGCUGUUGGUGGACGUGGUGACGGGGCAGCUGGGAGCCGAGGGCGAGCAGAGCUGCGCGGCACAGAUCUCCCGCGUCAUCCUCGCUGGGAACCUGCUGAGCCAGAACACGCAGAACCGCGACACCAUCAACAAGGCCAAGUACUUGACCAAGAAGACCCAGGCUGCCAGCGUGGAAGCCGUGAAGAUGCUGGACGAGAUACUACUGCAGCUUUGUACCUCCGUGCCCGUGGAUGUGAUGCCUGGCGAGUUUGACCCCACCAACUAUACGCUGCCCCAGCAGCCACUGCAUCACUGCAUGUUGCCCCUUGCCAGUGCCUACUCCACGCUCCAGUUGGUCACCAACCCCUACCAGGCUGAUGUGGAUGGUGUCAGGUUUUUGGGGACGUCGGGGCAGAACGUCAGUGACAUCUUCAAAUACAGCAGCAUGGACGACUACCUGGAGAUCCUGGAAUGGACGUUGCGGGUGGGACACAUCAGCCCCACGGCCCCAGACACCCUGGGCUGCUACCCCUUCUACAAAUCAGACCCUUUCAUCCUCACUGACUGCCCUCACGUCUACUUCUGUGGCAACACUCCCCAAUUCCAAUCCAAGAUGUUCAAAGGAGACAACGGGCAGCAGGUCCUGCUGGUGACGGUGCCUGCCUUCAGCGCCACGCAGACUGCCUGCCUCAUCAACCUGCGCGACCUCAGCUGCCAGCCCAUCAGCUUCUCUGGCUUCGGUGCUGAGGACGAUGACGGGGACAUGGAGGUCGGGCACUGACUGAGCAGGCAGGGUACGGACUCAAUAAACCCCUGGCCCCUCUCACGGCCCCUGCGGAGGGGCCUGGCACCCACCUGCUUGUCAUCCUCUUAAGUCCUCAUGGGUGGGCUGGCAUAGAGCCACCUGGGCACAGGACCGGCAGCAGAGAGAA